UGCCAGCACUUGGAACACAGAGGGAUCCACCUCUCAACCCGUGAGUCCAGCUCUUCGCCACCAAAGGCUGAAGUUGCCUCCAACCCGUCAGGCCCCACCCUACGACGUGUCCGAGCCCCAGAGUGGGUGAGUUUGGUACAAGGUGCCCCAGUCUGGUAAGACCUUCCCACCGAGGAGGAAGAUGUGGCGUUCUCUCUGCCAGAGCCUCCUGGCAGUCAUCUUCUUUGGAGUCGUCAUCAGUGACCUCCCAGUCAACCCCACUGACAGCCCACACUCAGGCUCCUCUCCCUGGGAAGUCCGGGACCUGGCAGUUUCCAACGCACACUUCGCACUCAGCUUCUUCAAGCAGCUGAAGGCCCUGGAGCCAGGAAAGAAUGUCCUUGUCUCUCCGGUAUCCAUCUCGAUUGCUUUUGCCCUGCUGUCACUGGGGGCCAGAAACACCACCCUCGCUCAAAUCCUGGAAGGGUUCAGGUUCAAUGCUACAGAGGGCUGGGCCAAGGCCAUCCACGAUGGGUUCUGUCACCUCGGGCUCCAGGUCAAAGCCUCCAAUACCACCCUGGACUUGGGGAGCGCCCUGUUUGUUGACAAGAAUGUCAAGGUCCUUGAGUCGUUUCUGACAGAUGCCGCGAAGUAUUAUGAAGCGGAAGCAUUCCCUGUCAACUUCGGAGACCUGGAAGGGGUCAGGAAGCAGAUCAAUGAACAUGUAGCAAAUCAGACUCAUGGGAAUAUCCCUGAACUGUUUCAGCAGCUCAACGAGGAUGCCGUUAUGAUCUCUGUCAGCUACAUUUACUUUCAAGGGGAAUGGCUCAAACCCUUUGAUAUAGCACAUACCACUGAAGACACGUUUUACGUCCGAGAGAACUUGACUGUGAAGGUCCCGAUGAUGUUCCGAUCUGCCACCUACAAGCACCUGUUUGAUGACCAACUCCCCUGCGUCGUCUUGCAACUGAAAUACAAGGGGAAUGUCACUGCCUGGUUUAUCCUCCCCGAUGAAGGGAAGAUGGAGGAGGUAGAGGCAGGCCUGAGUAGGGACACCUUAAAGAGAUGGUCAACUUCCUUUGAUGAAAGCCAACUAGAUGUGUACCUGCCCAAGUUUUCCAUCUCGGGUACCUACGACCUCCGUCCCGUGCUGAAUAAGAUGGGUGUCCGGGACCUGUUUAGUGAUCGGGCAGACCUGUCUGGCCUCUCUGAGGAAAAGCUGAUGUUAUCCAAGGUCGUCCACAAGGCUGUCCUGCAUGUUGAUGAGAAGGGCACCGAGGCCGCGGGCGCCACGGGAAUGGAGAUGGUGCCGGUGAUGUUGCCUCCUAGCAUGACAUUCAACAGGCCCUUCUACAUCUUCAUAUUUGAAGACAUCACGUGGAGCACCCUUUUCCUGGGAAAAAUUCUGAACCCCACUGAAGUGUGACCAGGGACAUGAACGCCGAUGGAACCGUCCCAACCCCAGGGUUUUCUGGAGUUGAAAGAGGGUCCCUCUGCCAGAAUGCGUUCCACUGUAUGGGGCACAAUCAUUCAAGCCAAACAGUCAUUUUGGUCCCUUAGGUUUCUCACAUAUGGGAGGGAGGGAAGGAGGUGUGGGACAUGGGCCAGAUUUCAAUCAGAAUUAAAAAAAGCAGAAGGAAAACAAAAUCUCAUCGGAUUCACCCAUUCACAUACUGUCAGUGGUUGACUUUCAACACCAAGGGAAGGGAGAUCUUGUCCAGACCAUUAAGAAUGAGGAAAAUCUGUGCCGUGA